CAAAUUGUGGCGUUCUUUGACGUAUUCUGAACAUCAUUGGCUGUUCGUAAACGUCGCCCUCGUUCUGAUCAUUAACUCAACCAAUCACAGAGUAGUUCUCACUCAGCUGAUUCAUACAGUUCAUGGUUUGUAGAGGAGUUAGUUAAACACGCUGACUUAGUUAAGCGUGCUUCUAGGUGUCGCGUUUCUUCCCUGUGUAUUAAUAAUUCAGAAGCACUUUUCGUGAUUGACCAUAUUGUACUCGUAAGGACAAAUAUUCUCACCACAGUACCUGUCAACUCUUGUAACUUUCGCUCACCUGUUGGUCACAUUUCUCUCAUGGCCACGCGUGUUCGACCGCGUAAUAAGCGAUGUGCAGUCAUCGGGGGGUGUGGCUUCCUGGGCACACACCUCGUGGAGAAGCUGCUGGAUCGAGGCUACUCCGUUUCUGUGUUUGACAUCCUUCAGAGCCGUGAGCUGCCUGUUGUCAACUUCCACCAGGGAGACCUCUGCGACAAACAGGCUUUGUUGCCAGCGCUGAAGGAUGUGUCUCUGGUCUUUCACUGUGCCUCCCCACCCCCUGGCAGCGAUAACUGUGCUCUGUUUGAGAGGGUCAACAUCCAGGGCACACGCACCGUUAUACAGGCCUGCAUCGAGGCUGGAGUGGAGAGAUUGGUCCUGACUAGCAGUGCCAGUGUGGUGUUUGAAGGGAAAGACAUUAAGAAUGGGAGAGAGGAUCUGCCAUAUGCCAAGAAGCCCAUUGACUACUACACACAGACCAAGAUUGAGCAGGAGAAGUUGGUCCUCAGGGCUUGUGACAAAGAGAAGGGUUUCCUGACAGUUGCCAUCCGGCCCCACGGGAUCUUUGGCCCUCGAGACCCACAGCUGGUUCCUAUUCUGGUGGACUCGGCUCGCUGUGGAAAGAUGAAGUUCAUCAUUGGUGAUGGGACCAACCUGGUAGAUUUCACCUUUGUGGAGAAUGUAGUUCACGGACACAUCCUGGCUGCUGAACGUCUGAAACCGGACUCCCCCAUAUGUGGAAAACCAUACAACAUCACUAAUGAUGAGCCAGUUAGAUUUUGGGACUUCAUGUCUGAGGUGUUGGUAGGUCUGGGAUAUGCUGCUCCGCGCUACCACCUCCCCUACAUUCUCGUCUAUGGACUGGCCCUGCUCCUCUGGCUGCUGGCCCUGAUCCUGCGUCCACUUAUGUCCUUCAAACCCACCUUUACUCCAAUGAGAGUGGCUCUGGCUGGAACACACCACUAUUACAGCUGUGAACGUGCCAAAGAGGACAUGGGCUACAAACCAGUAGUCAGUCUGAAGGAGGGGCUCACCUGCACCGUGCAGAGCUACCCUCAUCUCAGACAAGGAGCUUGAUGGUGCAGUGAAUAAUGUAAGGCUGUGUGUGUCAGUAGAAGUUAUGAGAAUAAGUUGAUCAGGUCACACUGCAUGCACGAUUCCAAAUGAGGAAUCAGACCCUUAUCCAAACCAUGCUUAUGUAUAGCAUUUAUGUGUCUCUGCAAUGCUUAUGUUCCAUUUUCACCAGUAGAUGGCAGCAGAUGCUCCUGGUGUUGGUCAUCACAUUGCAGUCUAAGAGUACUGUCAGUAAAUGCUUUACAACUUUUGUAAAGGCACAGGGCAUCAAAACACAUAUACUGACCUUAACACUGUGUAAACUACAAAAUUUUGCAACUGUGAUCUACACACAUUGGGAUGCUUCUGUUUAUGUCAAAAUGUGGUGAUACAUUUCAUCAGGAGAAUGGAAUGAUGGUUCUUCUGAUACACUGUAUUAAAAUUAUUGUUUAAAAUGGU